AUGUUUCGGCGAGCGUUUUUUUUCCUUUCUCUCCGACCUUCUGAAGGCUACCGGCAGCUUCUGUUAAGAGGCGACAUCUCAAACGAUGAGAAUCAGGUUAGUGCCCUGCCUGUGUUCGAUCGUCUUCACGAUGAUUUGGUGAAGUACGCAAAGGACAGUAAGAGCACCGCUGUUCCGAAGCGGCGAGUGGAGCUUCGACCUCCUAAUCGUCUGGGAAUUAUCCCAUCCUUUUUUCUUCGUCGUGAGCAAGAGAAAAAAGUGGAGCAGGCCAUUAGCGAUGACAACAAGGCGGUAUACCAUCCCCUGUCGCAUGUGAAGGGGCUGUAUGUAUGGGGCGGGGUGGGAUGCGGGAAAACUAUGCUCAUGGAUUUGCUGUACGAUAAUGCGCCCCCCGAGAUCCGCAAGCGGCGCCUUCACUUUCAUCAGUUCAUGCUGGAUAUGCAGAAGACCUCAAAGUUGAUCCGCUACAAGUCCAAGGAGGAGAUGCAAGACCCUACACGCCGGUCAAACAUGGUGAGCUACAACGUCAGGGAUGAUCUUCGCCGAACCCCUGAUGCCGAGAUUAAUCUGUUUGACGAGGUGGCGCAGCGAAUGAUCAGCGAUGUUGAUCUUCUUUGUUUCGACGAGGUGGCCGUCUCUGAUGUGGCACACGCAAUGAUUCUCAAGCGUCUUUUCCAUUCAUUCUACAAGAUCGGUCUUGUGGUCAUCUUCACUUCAAACCGCCCCGUUGACGACUUGUACAAGGAUGGUCUGAACCGUGGCGGGUUCAUCCCUUUCAUUGAUUUAGUGAAGAAGCAGUGCAUCAUUCAUCAUAUGAAGAGCAAUAUCGAUCAUCGGUUGCUUGGGCACCAGGCGGACACCUACCUCACCCCGAUGAAUGAUGAGAACCACUCCAAGUUCGAAAAGCUAUUUCUUGAGAUGUGCAAGGCGAUGCCUGCAACGGAGCGGAAGCUCGAGGUGUUUGGACGGGAUGUAAUUGUGCCGCGGGCGUGCGGGGGCGUUUGCUACUUCCACUUCUUGGAGCUGUGCGGCGGUGAAAAGUCUACGGCAGACUACGAGGUCAUUGCCAGGGCGUUUCAUACAAUCUUCAUCAAUGGUGUUCCCCAGUUUCCGUACGAGAACAGCGAUGUGAAGAACCGGUUUCUCCUGCUUAUCGAUACGCUGUACGAGCACAAGUGCAAGGUCAUGAUUCACGCCGCGGUUGAGCUGCUGCAGCUGCAAGCUCCGAGAGGAGAGGCCGCCGGCAGAAUAGAAGGCGAUGCUCCGCGAUUCGAUAGUCUUUCCGAGUUCGAGCGUGAAAGCGGUAAUAAACUAAUGGAUGCUGAUGAUAGUGCGUUUCAAAUGGACCGGUGCGUGUCGCGUUUGUUCGAAAUGCGUACGAAGGAGUAUCUUGAGAUCCCGCAUGAGCAGCAGGAUGUGGAUUUAUCUACGCGAUAA